AUGGUCAACAACAAAUACUCCCCAUUCAACGGUAAUGUCUUUCUGCACAGGGUAGAUUACAAUUUACAAAUAGUUACCCAACCUUGCUUGGUACGAACUUCUGGUAAAGAAAAAAGACCUGUUAUUCCGUCCCCUGUGCUUCAGCUACAGGUAAUUGACUUAGUAUCACAUACAGACAUCACAGUACACUCGUUGGCCAACUUCUUUUUGAAAGCAGAACUUCUUGAUGUCAAAGGAUCACCUGUCAAAGACCCUGGUCUUCUAGUUGGCACUACCAACGUUUCCGGGGAUUUCGUCAAAUUCAACAACCAAAAGUACUUGUUGUUCAAUUUCAGCAACCUAAGCAUCAUGGUAAAAGGUGAUUACAGGUUAAGGUUCUCCUUAUAUGAAUUCAAUGGGUUUGUUCCUCCUCAGAAACUAUUGUACGUCAAACCAAUCACCCAUUUGAUCUCUGAUGUUUUUACAUGCUAUAGCUCCAGGGUGUUUUAUUCAAAGGAAAUUGUGGCUAAAAGGGAAGCAGUUGUGUCAAACAUUCUUGAAAUCAAUAAUAAUCAACUCAGUAAAUCCAAUAAUUUGCUUACCGACUUGCCAAGCAACAUUUCGGUAAGAAGAUCACGAAAUAACUCAAACGUCAGUGUUAAUUCCCGAUCGCCGUCUCCAGUCCCCUCGUCGGGGGUCGAGCUAAAACAUCAUGAAAGGCCUCUAGACGAUCGCUCUAGAAAAAGAGUGUCGAUCUCUCUAAAUGAUGAUGAUAGAGAUCUACUAAAUUAUGAUAAGUUACAACAAGCCUAUUUAUCAGACAGCAACUAUCCGGCAUCACCAAAACGACAACGCUCCCCUUCUAUUUCUUCCUAUCAUGGAGAGGAAGAUGACGUUCCCGAGAAUGUGAAAUUGAAAGAUCAAUCCUUCAAUGGGUUUUUAGAAGAAUUAAAUGAUUUUACCAAUCCUUUCUUCGACCAAAACGUUGAUGCUAAAGUUGUGCAACCAAUGACUGAUUAUGCGAUGAACCCCAGCUUCUCUUUAUCCGGUCAAAAUUUGAAUAUCGCUGCCAAUAACCCAUCGUUGCCCAAUAUAGUGGUUGGUCCUCCUAAUCAAGGACAAUGGCUAGGAAUCGAUGAUCACGAUUUAAUGGAUAACCGGGCAAUUUUGGAAGAAGUGAACAAGUCUUUAAGUAGGCCUCAAUCUGCUUCACAUUCCGUCGAAGACUUGGCUAGCCCCUCUGCCGAAGAUAAUGAUUUCCAUCAAAAUCUCAUUCCAAAUUUGCGUAUCAAUUCUAGAGAAGAUGAUCUUGUCCAGCUAUUAAACGACCCAACUACAAUGGAUGAUGCAAACUUAGAGCGUGUACUCUCGAAUCUUUCCAACCCAAAUAACGACUAUGGACUGGUUUAUGAUCGUCAUGAUCAUGGUUUGGGCCUAACAAAGGUUCUCAGUAACAAUAGUAUUAGCAAUCAAGACCUACUAUCUGCCGCCCCAGCAAUGGACUUUGCCAUAGAUCCUUUGAACCCAGGUUACAAUGAAUUGGUUUCAGAUAACGAUGUCAAUGACUUGUACAAUGAAUUAUCAAGAAUCACCAGCUCAAAGAGUUAUGAAGGCGAUAAUUACGAUGGAAAGCCCCAACCCUUCCAAUUCAUGCUCAGUUCAGAUGAGCCUGAAAAUUAUUUUACACAAACCAUUAAUAACUUUGAUCAAAAUCUCAAUACAGAAAAGCCAGUUACCCCAACAAUACUGGGAUCUCGGCCUUCUGCGGGAGCCAACCUUGAAAUACAGCAUGUACUUCAAGAGAAUGUUGAGCUGACUAACAAAAUUGGUGGUUUCACUUUGGGCCAAAAUGAUGACUUGCUAAACCCUUGUGGGAACCCCCGAUUGGGAGUAGGAGCACAAAAUGAAAACUGGUGGCUGGAUAAUAGUUUCCGAAAAAGUGGCAAUGAUUAG